AUGCCCCUCGCUGUGGUGAUCCCCCUCCAGGUGGACGCCUUCCAGCUCAACGAGUCCUUGAUCAACACCGGCAAAGCCUUCAUCGCGCCCUUCUCCCUUCCAGACUACUCCUCACUCGAGCCUGGAGCGCGUCUGCAGCACGAUGCCAUCCCGCACCUGGAUCUGCGCGCGGCGGUUCCCUCGAGCAUCAAUGCGCGACUGUCGGAUCUCGACACGGGCGUCGCACGGCAGGACCGGUUGGGCGUCUAUCUGCACUGGACGAUCCCGAAGCCGUUCCGGGCGGGUGUGAUGGCGACAGAGAGUGCAGAGGCAGCCCAUGAGACCAACAAGAAGAAGAGGGGGAUCAAGGGUGAUUCAGAAUUCACGGCCCUUCCUGAUCGAUGGGUGAUCAUUCGGAGGAUCAACGAUACCACCCCCCUGCCCAAGUAUGCAGGCUUCAUGCUCGAGAGCAACCGGAUCCGCAGGUUGAACCGGGAUGAGCUCGCCGGCGUGGAUCUCGACACCGAAGCGGCCCCCUUUGUGGACCACACGGGCACGCCAGACACCCAACACGGUGUGCUGCUCGGGGCAAAGAACAAGCUGGAUGAAUGGCGAGAAGAGUUGACUGAUGACGCGGACGAGACGACGCUGGCGGACUUCCACGUUCCGCUGACCAUCACCGACUCGGCGAAUCUAUUGUUCGCCGACUUCCAGCAUCACGGCAUGAACGUGUUUGGCGUGCACGACGACCUGACAUAUUUCUCAGCAGAAACGAAUACCCUGUGCACGCUGGAGUCGGCCGAGGUGUCCUACCAGGUCAUCGGAUACCAUGCUCUACGUGGCUAUGAUCCCAUUGCCAGCAGUGAGGCCGCGACCAACGCCGAUCUCCUCUCCACACAUGGAAUGGCUCUCGAGGAAGACAAUGCCGAAUGGCUGGCGACGAGAGCACCGAUCCGCUCUCUCUGCCACGGCACAGUCGAUCUGCGCUGGUCACGUCAGAACAGGCCGGCAAUAGUCCCUGCCGAUGACGCCGCGGAAGCGUUCGCCCAGUCGCAUCCUGUGGCGAUCGGAACGGACCUGGUCGACGCGAUGGCGGCCAUCUUUGAAGCCCCGGCCAAGACAGACCAUGCGGAUGCGACGCUGGCGGCCGCGUUUCGCCAUCUACAGGUUCUCGCGGCCGAUCCGGAGGACGACAGCAAGACGCAGCAGGGCAAGACGUCGGGGUUUAAGCCUGUCCAUGGGGGGGAUGUCUGGAAGCUGCGAAAUGACACUGAAGCAGGUGAAGCAGGUGAAGCAGCUCAACCAGCUCAAGCAGAAGCAGCUCUUGACAAACUCAACGCUUCACAGCGUCUUCUCGACGCCGGCCAGCGACACUCGCGCCUCUUGCAGCACCUGCUCUUCUGCGAGUGGUGGAAGGCCCGGGCAGCAGGGUUCGCCGAUAGAUGGGAUGGCAAUGGAUCUACAGCUGAGGAUGACGGCUUCGAGAGCAUGCAGAGCUGGUAUCAAGAACACCUGCCCGAGACACGCAGCCGGACGAGAGAGAUUCUCACAGAGCUGUUGACGUUGCAUCUGCGUGAAAAGGACGGGUCUGUAGGGCUGCUGGCGGCCUUGCAGGACGACAUCCGAUCGUUACAGGGGGACAGCCCGGUGGAAAAGAUCGCCAGCAAGUGCUUCUUCAGCGCCAAAGACCCAACGAUCCUGCUGUCCGAGAUGGAGUCGAGCUGGCCGGAGGAGUUCGCAGCAGACACGAUCCCCGUCCGGCUCAACACGCAGGUUCGCCGGCUGGACGACCCGGCGGGCCACGACGACGCCUGGCAGCUGUUCCAGACGGGGCUGGCCAGCCUGCCGUCGUGGGUGCAUGCCUGUGUCGACGAUCUGCGGCAUGGAUGGAGCAUGCCGGGAGCCAGCGACUACGCCGGCCAGGCGUGGUUCCCCCUGUUCAUCGAGUGGGAGGCCGACUACUUCCCCAUUCCGUACCAGCACUGGACGCUGCACGAGACGGCCUCGGGGACGGUCGAGUAUCGCAUCAAGGAGACGGUCGACGUGGCCGGGCUGGGAGCGCAGCCCCGGGGGCUCAGCGGCCGCAGCAAUGUGCUCCCCGAGGGCGCCAAAGCGAUGGCCACGCUGGUCGAGCAGGUGGUCAACCGGUCGAGGCCGGAGAUGCUGGAGAAGAUGCUGCCCAAGGGCCAGCGCGACGCCAUCGACAAGGCCCUCGCCGCGCUGCUGCGCAACGUCCUCGGCGCAGAGCUGCACGGCAUCACCGACCAUCUGCUCACUCUCGUCCGGGGCACGCACGCCCUGCCGAAUCCCACGCCGGACAACGACACCCCCUCGCGCUGGCUGGCGACGCUCUUCCCCCGGCUGGCUGUCCACGACCACUCGGCGGUGCUGCAGUUCCUGGCGGCGGGUGCAGGCGCCGACGCAACCCCGUACACAGCCCUGUUGCCCGUGCAGGGGGUCUCGCGCAGGGGAGGCGAGCCGCUCUUCCACCCCGUCACCCACGGCCAGGUGCGCUUCACCAAGCUCAACCUCAUCGACAAGUUCGGCCAGGUGGUGUGCGCGUUCGAUCCCCGGCCGGGCCAGCUGUUGCGGCCGAUCUACCCCAGCGUCAGCGCCGAUCUGGCCUGUCUGCGCAACGAGACCGUGCCGGGGCGAGCGUUUGCCAACGCCGUGCUUGCAGAGCCCGAGGGCCGCUGCCAGUUCUUCCAGCUGGGCCCGCGCAUCAACCAGGAUGCCCGCUUCAACGCGGCGUGGGUGGCGCGAACGACCGACAGGCAAGGCACAAGCCCGUCCUCGCCGUGGCGCCAGCUGCUGGAAUGGGAGUCGCCCGUCUGGGGGUGGGUGGUGUGUAACUUGCAGGACGAGAGUCUGCAGGUGUUGACCGGCGAGGGCGCCUUCUGCGGCGAGAUCCUCGUCUCGUCGCGGCGGUGGAUGGACAGCGACGGCCAGGUGGUGGCAGGCAUCCCGGAGACCUCCAGUCGGGACUUGACGGCGUUCAUGGCCCGUCUGGCGGUCUCGUCAGCCUUCCUGAGACGCGUCUGGGACAUGGUGGUUGAUGCCAACGAGCACAUCCACCAUACCCCCGGCCAGGCAGACUCCCAGCCGGCGCUGAUCGGGCGUCCUCUGGCGCUGGUCUCGAUGGGCUGGUCGUUGGAGCUCGCCACGCGGCCGAUGCGCGACCAGACAGACCAGCCGGGGAUGCCAGACAAGAGUCUGCUGGACUACGAGUUUGCGCUGAAGCUCGGCGAUCGACAGAGUCUGCACGACGGCCUGGUGGCGUAUGCGCCGGCGAGUGGGGAUAGCUUCACUUUUGACCGUUUGUUCACAGUCUAUGGCGAUCCGCAACCACCGGGGCAGACCCCUGCACCAGACUCCCUCCUCCAGGCAGAGAACAUCCCCUUCCAUCCCUACUGGAUCAACCCGACAGAAUACAGCUCCAAGGCUGCCGACGCCUUUGCCGCGGCACAUACAGACCGGCUGCAGGUCUACGCCGCCCUGAUCGAUCCCUUCCAGAGCGUCCAUGGCUUCUCGGGCAUCCUCCCUACCACUACGUUGACGGUGCCUCCAUGGGCGCUCGACCGGGACAUCAAAGCCAUGAAGACUCUUCUCCGUGCCGGGCCAUUAUUGAUUGCUGGAGAUAUACCAGCAACCACUGCUUCGGAUAGUGAUACUCCUAGUAAUGCUACCCUCCCUAUUGAUUCUCCUCCCGGGACCUGGACAUGGAUGCAGCCUGUGGCCGAUGGAAACACAAAGAACCGGCUCUACAGCCUCACGCCGGCUCCUAAGGAGUUUGCAGUGUCUGAUGGACUGCAGACGCUUGUCGAAGGGUUCAUGCGGGGUGAUUAG